AUGCGUUUCACCAACAUCAUUAUCUCGUCGGUGUCGACGCUCGCUCUCAUGAGCAGCGCACUCCCCAUCGGCGAAACUACCUUGAACGAAGCUAAAGACAUAUCUAACAAGUUAGAUGUGAUGAUUAGCUCCAUUAUCAACCGCGAUGGGCUAUCCAAAGUCCCCGUACUCUCUGGACAGCGUUCCACCGAUGAGGGUGAUCUUCUAGGCCUAGACAAUACUCCUCUUUCAACCACGAAGCGCGAGGCUGGAAUGUUCGACUUGCUCAAAGAACUUGGCGAAAAGCCUUUAGGACAGAGUGCCGUUGGUGACGUUGGUGCUAACGCUGAAGAAGACAUGGGGGAAGAAGUUUCUGAUACCAUCAUCAAGCAAGCCUUCGCGAGCGCCAAUGCAGGAGGAGGUGGCCUAGGAAGAUUGGGCGGCUUAGGAGGAGUGGGCGGUGCAGGAGGAUUUGGCAGGGGCCCUACCGGAUUCCUUACUUCUUUCUUGGGGAACAGCGGCGGUAAACAACCCUCCCCCGAUCCACUCUCCACAUCUGUCACGACAUUUCUGCGAGGAGGAGGACCCGACUUGUCCGGUCUGUCGGACCCCUUCACCAGCGAAGCAUCUUUGACAGACAUUGUCAAAAAGCGCCAGUCCACCACGACUUUCCCUGAGAUGCCUGCUUUCCCUGAAAUGCCUUCUCUCCCUGAAAUGCCUGGUAUGCCUUCUCUACCUGAAAUGCCUGCUUUCCCUGAAUCGCCUGCUUGGCCUUCGCCCACUCCAGGAGUAAGAACUACCACGAAUAUUGCCGGAACCGACCUUCUCAGUACCUUGAUUGGUCAAGCGGAACAACGUACUGCUAAUGUCUCCCCUGCCAAGCCAGGGCUUCUAUCAAGCAUACCGCUUUUGAGUGAAUCCCGCGGUAGCACAAUCACUAAGCGCAGAGAAGCCGUCAAAGCUACAAACGCCGGCAGAACCCCGGUGGAACUCCCAAGAAUCAAAAUUAUCUUACCUGACAGGGAAGUCGUCAAGGAACUACCACAGGAUCUGUUGUCGAUGCAAGGGUUGAAGAAACGGCUUAGAGGCAGGGCCAUCGUCGAUACCUCUGCUGCCCAGUCAAGCUCCAGAGUUUCUAAGCGUAUGCUAGAAUCACUUCCAAUCCGAGGCUCCUUCACUGAUACAGACGGUGGUCUUCUUGGUCAGGAUGGUCUCUGGAAGCGCCAAUCAGAACCAGAAAACGACAGGUUCGACUUACUUGAGUUCUUUACGGAAGAGCUACUUGUGGAUAACGAUUCGACCUUGAAAGGCCAAGGAUUAUCAGACGAGGAGAGGUUCGACUUACUUAAGUUCUAUACCGAAGAGCUACUUGGGGGGAAGGAUUCCAUCUUGAAACGCCAAGAAGAAGAAGAAGAAGAAGAAGAGGAUGAUUUUUAA